GUGACCGCUGUGGCUCCGCAGGCGCUGCAAAGAAGCGUGGAAGUGUCUUUGGGAGCGGUGGCCAAAGUGCGCGUGCCAAGCGCUGUACUUGCACAGGCACAGGAUGCAGAUCGUCAGGCAGAAGGCGCUGAAGGCACCACCGCGUCAGGCAUAGUGCUCCUCGCCUUCAUGGUUGUGAAAGAUGAGACGGCCGUGAAGUUCAUGGACGCCAAGAACGAGGGUGAGCUCAGGUCCGAGGUUGCGGCACAGACGCUGAGCAUCAGCCUACGGCGUGACGAUGGUUCCGUGGUGCCCGUGCAUCGACUUCCCGAGCCCAUCGAGUUCGUGCUCCGGACGAACGACGAGAAUGCUUCCUGCGCCUUCUGGGACGAAGAGCAAAGUGCCUGGAGUGCCAAGGGGCUUCGAACCGUCUCGCGCGACACUCCCGGCCAGCUCACCUGUCGAACCGUCCACCUUUCCAUCUUCAGCGCAGUGUUGAACACCGUUUGGCAGAAUGUUGCGUCGGCAGUCCUCUGCAGCUCUGCAUGGGACAUGCUCACCCCGGGAGGCUUCGAGCGACUCCUUGAAAGCCAUUGGAUGACUUCGCCCCCAGCCCUCGCUGCCUUUGUCUUCACGUUCUUGUUCUUCACCGUGCUGCUUAUCGCUGUCUGCGUGGACAGGAGGACGCGGCGAGCUAUCCCUUGGGAAAUGGUCGAGCCCGUGCUCUUCCGCACUAGCGGAGAGGAUCCGGAAGAUGGCUCCGAGGCUGAGGAAGUUCAGGAAUCGACACCACGCAGGAACUGUUGUCUGCGUCAGCUCGCCGAGCUCAAGGAUUGGUGCUUCUGGUGUGCAGGUAUCUGCUUUGGUGUGGAAAACAUCCUGCAGAUCAUCACAGAGGUUCUGCCCAACGCGCCGGAGGCGGUGGUUAACCGGUGCAUCAAGACCCUCCACGCUCAUCGCAGCGGCAUAGCGAAGGAUAGCUUGGCCAUCCUAUUGCAGCCCGGCGAGAAGUUCGAUGCUGACGACAGGGAGGACUCUGUUCCUAGGCAGGUCUCCCGGAGCCAGAACCGUCAGAGCAUUUUUGCCAGACUUGCGAACGUCGCCGUCCCCGAAUUGAACAACUUCACCGCUGCAAUUCGUGAUCUUAAUGCCCAAUGGAACGUCCACAUCCACGGUGCCAGUGCGGUGAAAGCAAUCCUUGUCCGUUCCUGGUGUGUGCGAGUCUUCGUGCUCUUUCCCGCCUUCCACCCAUGGAUUGCACUCUUGCGCCUCAGCAUUUUGACGUCCUACAAGGUCCGUGUCUCUUUGAUCUACUUGAAGAUCUGCACCGCAGCCUUCGCGAACGCCUUGUUCUUCACCAGCUCUGCCCUGCCCUCGGGCAGUGAUCCUGCGUGCGCGCCGAAGGAAUUUCUUGCGAGGUUGACUCGCAACCUGACGGUUGGCCUAAUUUCCGCAUGUCUUGGCGACUGCGCCGUAUUCACUCUGUUUCUCCUGCAAAUUCGCAAGCCCAUCGUGAAGCAUGAGUGGACGGAGAGGUCAAUGGCUCGGCAGAUUUCAGUUUGGCGAUGCAGGACAUUCUUCUUCUGGACGAUCUGGCUGCUGUACUCGUCUAUGUGCCUGCUUUUUGUCAUGACCUUCUUGGCGAACGUGCGACUUGAGGAUGCCAACAGCUGGUUACAGAGCACUGGGGUAAGCUUGUUGCAAGACUUGGCCAUACUGCCUUUCACCACUGCCUUGGCCAUGGGCACGAUGGCGUCGCUAGCCCUCUGCAGCCAACGUGUGAAGAACAAGAUCGAAUGCAGGUGGCUGGAAGGCAAAAACGAGCCACUGCAGGAGUUUUUGCAGGAGCCCAUGCCGGAGCCCGACGAAGUCUCCGUGAAAGUCCACUCUGCAGGCCCGAAGAAGUCUGUCAACCAGGCUGAGGAGGCCACGCCUGGGCAGCUUCAUGCAGUCCUGCCUGGGGUGCCGGAUAGUGAGGUCGGGUUGCGUCUUCUUGGAAGCUGA